GAGUUCCUAUGGAUGUCGAGUCCAAGUCUGGGCAAAAAAGCUAAUCUGUUUACGGGAGUCCUGCCGAACGUGUAUUGGCCGCCAAAAAACUUUUGCUUUGAUGUGAACUGUUUUGAUGAAGCGAUUACACAGGAAAACGCCGAACGCCGGGCCCGAGAGUUCAUCCGAAUAGCACGAGAACAGGCCCUUCAAUACGGAACUAAUCACACGAUUAUAACAAUGGGAAUGGAUUUCUAUUACAGAAACGCUAACAUUUGGUAUCAGAAUUUGGAUCGACUAAUGAAUGCCAUUAACGCUCUUCAGGCGAAAGAAAGGGUAAAUAUAGUGUACUCUUCGCCGUCGUGUUAUCUGAAGGCAUUGAAUGGUCUGAAGAGGAAUUGGCCCAUCAAACUCGAUGAUUUCUUCCCGUACGCCGACGCCUGGAAUGCCUACUGGACGGGAUAUUUUACGAGUCGUCCUUCGCUGAAGUAUUUGAUUAAAAACGCAAACAAUUUAAUACAAAGCGCUAAACAAUUGUCAGUAUUGUCGCGAAUGAGCGAUAUGUUGGCCCCCAAACUGUUACCCCUGGAGGAGGCGUUGGGUAUAUUACAACAUCACGACGCCGUCACCGGCACUUCCAAACAGAUUGUUAACGACGAUUACGUCCGCAUGACUUCAACAGCGAUGGCCAGCGCUCAGGAGGCGGUCAUUGACUCAUAUCAUUAUUUGCUUCAAAACGAGGGUUUUGUCACAUAUUCUAGUCUUUCAUUCUGUAAUCAAUUAAAUGUAAGCGAAUGUGCGAUCACUGAAAGGAUUGACUACGAGUCCGACGCCGCUGUCAUUAUUUAUAACCCAUUGGCACAUCCCGUCCAACACUACAUCAGAUUACCCGUCAGAGACUUCAGAUAUCGGGUCAGAGACGCGUCCGGAGGGCUCAUUCAGACUCAGAUUGUUCCGAUUACAGCGAAGAUCAUGUCAUUGCCUGAGAGAAACUCGAUGGCCGUUUCGGAGCUGCUAUUUCUGGCAAUACUACCCCCUCUCGGAUACUCCAGUUUUAUGAUCGACAGAAUCACUAAUGACUAUCAAAGCAUAAUAACGAGUCAAGAAAGUCAGAUAACAGAUGGCUCGACCUCUUCGGGUGAUGUGAUUCUAGAAAACGGAAGAAUUAGUAUUAAAAUAGACGGAAAGACAGGAUUGUUGAAACAAAUUGGUCUCAAAAACGGUCAAUUAGUGCCGUUUAAACAGAACUUCUUCUACUAUCAGGGAGAGGACAGGUUUAGGGGCGAAAAGCCUUCGGGUGCCUACGCUUUCAAUCCGAGUCAUCACAUCCCACACGAGGUGUCAAAUGCGGCCACUUUUAAGAUAGUUAGAGGAAGGCUUGUCGACGAAAUUCACCAGACGUUUAAGCCGUGGUUGACUCAAGUGAUACGUCUGUAUCGAGACUACGAUUACGUGGAGUUUGAUUGGGUUGUGGGUCCCAUACCUGUGCGCAAUUGGCUCCACGACCAGGGAUUGGAGAUAAUUACUCGCUAUGACUCCAACUUUCAAAAUAAUGGCACUUUCUUUACGGACUCAAACUCGAGGGAAACCAUACGAAGGAUUCGUCACUUUAGGCCGACCUGGGAUUUGGAGACCAGCGAAGUGGUGGCCAGUAAUUACUAUCCCGUCACGAGUUGGAUAUUCAUCAGGGAUUACGCGCAGGACUUGCAGAUGACUGUCUUGACGGACAGGUCUGAGGGCGGGAGCAGUAUGUCUGACGGCAAUAUUGAGCUCAUGCUUCACCGGAGACUGCUUUUUGAUGACGGAUAUGGUAUGGAAGAAGCUCUCAACGAACCCGGUGUUGACGGCAAAGGACUAGUAGUGAGAGGAAAGCACAGACUUAUCAUAAGUGAUAUUCAGCAAAGUGUGCGCCAAAUGAGGACAAUGAGCAAAACGCUGACGUGGAGACCGGUGCCGAUGUUCCGCAAACUCAGACCAACGGCCGGCAGAACUCGUUCGCGAGCCAUCUCUCGGUCCGACGAUUACAUCAAUUUUGUGGGAAUCAACAAAAUGUUGCCAAAGAAUAUCCAUUUACUGACAUUAGAGGCCUGGGAUGACAACUAUGUCCUCAUAAGACUCGAGCAUUUCUACGAAAUCAACGAAGACUCGGAAUACUCGACGCCAACCGAUGUUUCGCUUAGAAAUUUGUUUACAACUUUCCGUAUAAUUCAUGUCAAAGAGAUGACACUUUCGGCGAACCAGGAGUUGAGUUCAGCCGACAGGAGACGUAUGGUUUGGUCGCCAGACUUUGAUCCGUACGCCAACUAUAAGUCAGCCUACGAUCGCGUCGACAAUUCAGGUGUUAGAGACAGGCCUGUCAUCGUUGGCAACACCAAUGACUCAAAUGACUGUUUUGAACGGUCUCUCCAACUGAUCCUCAAAACAGGUGAAGACAACUUCAAUUGUGGCUAUAGAGCAGGUUUGAUUGUAUCGGAAAUGAAUGUCAAGAACAAUAUCUGCUAUCAAAACCAUUCUUCCGACUCCGUUUCCGCCCAUCAAUUGUAUGCCGAAUCUGUGGAUGACUUCUCAUCUUACGGCUCGCCUUCCGACGACUCCACUCUUCAACGAGUGUUUAUUGCAAAACAUUUGAAUGAAACAAAUCGUGGAAUCGUUUCCUCAACAACUAUCGCAUCCAAACAGACCAAACAUCACAACAAACCGGUGGACAAGAAAAAGGUGCCAAAAAAGUCAACGGACAAGAAGUUGUCAAAAUUGGGAACAAGUGGUGAAAGUAUUGCUCCGAUUGUUGUCAUUAAGAAACGAAGAUUAGCGGCGAAUGCGAGGGAAAGAAAACGAAUGCAUUCAUUGAACACAGCUUUCGAUAGACUUCGAGAAGUGGUUCCCGGGAUUGGAGACGACUCUAAACUAUCCAAAUAUGAAACCUUACAAAUGGCUCAACAAUACAUUCUCGCUCUCAAUGAACUACUAGUGAAGGCCUAA